AUCAAGAUACUAGUAUUUACAUAUUGCUAUUUGUAUUCGAAAUCCCAUUGUUACCAAAACGCUGAAGGCUACACUGCCCUGUUCGUUUGUAUCCCCAUUCAUUCUCAGAGGCUCAACCUUGCUUUUUAAAAGCCGUUCGAGGGGUAACUCGACAAUCAUCUCCUCUUAAGAAAAGUAUCUCGUUUUGCAACUAGCUUAACCUUUUCUUCCCCUCCCUUCUUUAUUGCAGAGCUUGAUCUAUCUUGAUCUUGAUCUUGAUCUUGAUCUUCAUCUUGAUCUUCAUCUUCAUCUCCAUCUUCAUCCCAUUCUACUCACAUACGCUUCGCAUCAACCACCUACCUAGGACCUCAAAAUAUACCACGCGCGCAUACAGUAGACGGGAUACAAUAGCUACGGAUUUAUUAUCCUCCCGUAUCUACAUCUAUACCAUACCAUACCAUACCAUACCAUACCACAGUAUACUAUACUACACCCCUACACCACACUCUAAAAGUUAUAACCAUCGUUCGAGAAUCUUUCACGCUACAUUACAGGAUUCACAUCUUUUAGUCACCCCACCUUAUCAGUCCUUCGGAAGCUAGCUAUUUCAUAGUGUACUGAGUGGACUCGGAGUACUAGGUAGCGCUUGGGGUUUUUAUCGCCGCUUCAAAGAAAGUUGGAAGCGUUGCAUUGAGAAAAGGAAGAAGGAAAGUUAAGAAGCAAGAACGAUCGAUAGUGAUCAUAUUUAUUUAUUUAUUUAUUUGUUUGUUUAUUUACUUAUUUAUUUUAUCUACAUCAUUUUAACGACAAUCAUAUCUUGUGCCCCGACAUACAACCAUCAAAAUUGGAGGAUUGCCUGAAUUUCUUUUCUUUUCAUUGCCUUUCCUUUUUACCUUACAUCUCGAGGAGCACGACAUAACGAUAAAGCAGUCAAUAUGAAGGUCAGUCACCAACCAGUCUCUUGUUUCGUCUGAGCAUUUGAAAAACAAGUAGGAGUCAUCGCUAACUGAAUAUGUUUGUCUAUCAGGCUCUUCGUAGGUCGAUUAAAGGUGAAAAGCCUGAUUCGAAAGCUCAACAUGUUUCCCUCACGCCCAAAUCUGCCGUCGCAAUUGUCCCACCGAAAAAGGUACGUCGCAAUUCGUAUAAUUGAGUCGCAACUGCAUUGAUUCGCAUUCUAACAAAUCGCAAUCAUUCUAGGUUAUUCGCGCAUUGUAUGAUUAUGAGGCACAUUCGAAUCAAGAAUUGGGCUUUACGAGGGGCGAUUUCUUUCACGUCAUAGGACGAGAAAAUGAUACGGAUUGGUAUGAGGCAUGUAAUCCGGCAGUGCCAGAUGCGAGAGGAUUGGUACCUGUUGCAUACUUUCAGGCGUUAGGGAAGACUGAGCGAGAUAGUGGGCAAUCCAUAUCAGAUAAGUCGCCUAUGAGUAUGAAGGUGGAUCAUGAUUCGGGUUAUUCCGACAUGUCCGGUUCAGGGACAUUGACGAGUCCACCAGAUAGCGGUGGAGGUCAAAGAUUCUCAAAGACAAUGAAAGGCACCGGCGCGAUGGUUUACGGCGUGGUUAUGUACGAUUUUGCGGCGGAACGACCCGAUGAAUUGGAAGCAAAGGCUGGUGAAGCAAUCAUCGUGAUUGCUCAAUCGAACCCAGAAUGGUUUGUCGCGAAACCAAUUGGACGACUAGGAGGUCCAGGACUGAUACCGGUGGAUUUCAUCGAGAUACGUGAUAUGAGUACGGGAAAGGCUGUGCCAAACGCGCAAGAAGCAGUUCAGAGAGCGGGUGUACCAAAAGUGGAAGAAUGGAAGCGGAUGGCCGCCGAUUACAAGAACAGUAGUAUUACUUUGGGCAAAUUUGAAGUUCCCAAUGGUUCUUCACAGCAACAACAGCAGCAACAACAAAUGCAGCAAAAUAUGGAACGAUUGAGUUUGCAACAAAGUGCAAGGCAGAGUCAGCAGAAUGGUCAAGGCUAUGUAUGUAUUGAUUUGUGUGGUGUCAAGAAGCUUAUACUAAUUCAAAAUCAGGAUCAAAGACAAUCACAACAAGCGAGAGCAGUUCAACCAGUUCAACAAGUACCGCAAAAUCCCUAUUCCAUACCAUCUAAAUCCACUUCCCAAUUAUACGCUCCAAUUUCCGCUCGGAUACCACGAUACUGUUUCGCAGAAGAUAAAUAUUGGUUCGUUAUUGAAGCAGCUUUGGAAGAUGGAAGACAUUGGGAACUUUCGAGAUACUACGAAGAUUUUUACGAUUUUCAGAUUGCUCUUUUGACAGAGUUUCCAGCAGAAGCAGGAAAUACUGGUACACAGAAGAGAAGUUUGCCAUACAUGCCAGGACCCGUCAGUUAUGUUACAGAUGCCAUAACCGAAGGAAGACAACAUAAUCUGGACGCAUAUGUCAAGAACCUUUUGACCCAGCCAGCAUACAUCUCAAGAUGCACUCUUGUCAAACAGUUUUUUGCACCUCGAGAAGGGGACUAUGAAAUCGAUCCAAAUGCGGUGGAAGAAGAAUAUCGUUUAUCGGGUGGUUCACAACAGUCAUCAAGCGAUUCAAGAACACAAGCAGCAUCUAGGCAAUCUUCGCGGGGUGAUUUAAAUGGAGAAACAUAUUCAAUGGGUGGUCCUACUGGCCUAACGGCCGCUCCAGGACAUCAAAGAGGUCAAUCAUCAUUAUCUGUCAAGAACGGUCAAGGUCCAACACGUCAGACGUCAUCUCUUUCUCAGCCAUCCACCAAUUCAUUAACUCCAGGAGCCAAUAUUAAUGGACAACAACCAUCUGCUAUGAAGGUCAAGAUCUAUUUCGGUGAUGAUUUGAUAGCUAUUCGAGUACCUACAGACAUUCAAUAUAGGCAACUUUACGAAAAAAUUAGUGAUCGCUUGAAGAUACCACAAGGGGAUGAAAUUGCGUUAUACUACAAGGACGAACCUAGCGGAGAAAAACCAAACUUAAUGAGCGACAAUGAUCUAGAUAUUGCUCUACAACGAAACGAUAAGCUCAUUAUCUAUGUCGAAUAUCAGUAAUUAUGCCGGGGAUGAUUUUUACAUCGACAUGUAUCUGGUAUUGAACCUGGGGAUAGAGAGUCAAUUACUCUCGCACAUUCUUUGAACGAUAUGUUCUAUUGCUACUUUUUUGGCACUUAUACCUUCUUAAUCUGCUUCGAAUGUACAGACAAUUUUUGGUGAGGGUUGAUAAUAGCUGCGGGUAUAACUUUAGCAGCCGACACCACACUCAUUUUGUUGCAGAUCAACACAUUUUUCAUAAAUACCUUUUCCUUUUCCUUUCGAAAACAUUUCUGUUGGUGAUGAGAAUAUUGGGAGGCAUCAGGCGUUAUCAUUAUGGCGCUUCCUCUUCUUUAUUCCCCUUGAUAUUUUUUUUACUCGUCGAGAUUUUGGGUUUGCAUAUUUAGUGCGUGACGGACAUACCAUGGAGGUUUCAUUUGUAGGAGGAAGGUUAUCCAACUGAUUGUUAUUUUUUUAUCUUUCUUUUGUGUUGAGUGGUGAGUGGGUGGUGAAGGAAGGAAGGGAAGGGAAAUGGAAGAGGAUGAUGAUGGUGAUGGUGAUGGUGAUGACUGAGUUUUUAUUUAGCCUGUGUGAAUGAAUAGGUACUUGAGCAGCGAGCAUUUAAAUAGAGAGUAGUGAAUUUGAAUGA